GCUAGUGCGCGAGCGUCGACGACGACGUUCACAUCAUAUAUAUACGUGCGUUUUUCCACAGAGAUCAAAGAAAACUUGCGUGUGGAAUUGAAAAGCACGCCUUCGUCAUUGAAGCAUCAAAACAUUGUAAAAGUUUUCUUUUUUAAAAAACAGACUAUUUAAUCUAACAGAAUAAAUUGUACAUACCUAUACUUAGUUAUUAAAAAAAACGCACGCGGUUUUGGUGUGUGUGUGUGUGUGUGUGUCUGUUAGUGUCUGUGCCUGUGUAUACGUAUACUCUGUAAAGUCGUGUUUGUAUAGGGGAGAGAGAGAAAAAGAGAGAUCUUAGGUUGCCGACGACGAGGUUGAUGUACUUCCUGACUUCGAGGCAAAUAGAAGAUGCUAAUAGAGAACCCAGAGCAGUUCAAGGCGUGGCUGACGUCCGUUUUGGAGCCGCUAUGUGACGCCGAUCCAGCUGCAUUAGCAAAAUAUGUAUAUGCUUUAGUGAAGAAAGAUAAAACACUAGAAGAACUUAGAGGUGGCAUGGUAGAGCAGCUGGAUGUAUUUUUGCAGCAAGAAACUCCAAACUUUGUAGAACUAUUAUUUAAGACUCUGGAAACACAGGAUUACCUGGUACCAGAUAUUAAAGAGGAAGAAGAGGAUGGCAGUAAGACACCACCGACUACCACAACGCCUCAGGUGCCACAACAGCCACUACAGCCACAGUCCACUGAAUCUAGUAAUAACGCUCCAAUGAAUACGAUAAUCGAGGCAGCUGCUGCUGUUCACAUUAAUGGCUCAGCUCCACAAAACGUCAUUGUGAAACGCGAGGCGAGGAAAUCAGAUUCAGAAAAGGAAGAAAAAGAAAGAGAUAAGCGACCGCGAAGUCGUGGCAGAGUCAGGUCACGGACGCGAUCCCGUUCCCGGUCAUGGGAAAGAGAUCGACGACGGUCCAGGAGUCGUGAUCACAGUAGACGCGACAGAGAAAGAGAUAGAAGUCGUCAGUGGAGAAACAAAUCUCCACCAAUGAGCAUGCGUCGGCACGACAGAAGGCGAACCAGGAGCCGGAGCAACUCUCCACUGCGAUCACGGCUUCGCGACGGUCCAGAUAUACGUAAUGAUGGACACAGGGGACGAUUCCGCAACCGCUCACCGACGCCUAUCAGGUCACGUUCACGGUCCCGUUCCCUUGAGCGCAUCAAAAAGAUGGACAGGCACGAGCUCAGCAGACACGACCGCUUACAGGAUGGUUGCACGAGUCCUGGUGGCGGCACCCCAACUCAAGACAGUAACCACGGUGACGUGGACAUGAGGUUGUCCACGACUAGUCAAUCCAUACAGAGCGUCGUUGUGGCAGGACAAGGCGGCAACUUCCAGCCAAAACGACGUUGCAGAGACUUCGAUGAAAAAGGGUAUUGUAUGCGAGGAGAUCUGUGUCCCUAUGAUCACGGCACAGAUCCAGUAGUACUGGAAGACGUGGCACUGAGCAGGGUUUUAACAUUCGGACCGCAUGGUGGCCAGGCCCCAGGCUCUGUACCCGUUGCUGCAGUGCCCGAGGCCCCGCCAGGCAGUGCUGGACCCAAUGGUAACGCACCACCACCGCAUCUACCACUUGCUAGCUUGCCGCCGCCCCAUCUUCGUAAUCAGCACCAUGCUAAUAUGGACGUUAUGACGGAAUAUAACCCCGACGCACCGAGUUUAGAGCCACAAAUGCCAUGGUCGAGGCAUCCGAUGCCACCAGGUCCAGUAAUGUACGGACGGGGACAACGUGAACUGAUUAGCGUACCAGUGGCUCCGCACGCAAAUGUCGCCGAGCUGCCACCCGUGCAGUCUCAGCAACAGCAGCCCCCAGCUCAGCAGCCACCCAGCCAGCAAAAAAUACCUCACCAUCAACACCACUCUCAACAGCAGCACGCGCCAAGUAACCCUCUUAAGCGCAAACAAGCAUUUGACUUCAAUAGGCUCGGUCCCAAGCAGCGAGCUGGCCACAACGCGGCCAACUGCUCGCUCGAGCUGAAAAAAGUGCCGCGGAGCCUCAACAACAUAACUCAGCUGAACAAUCACUUCAGCAAAUUCGGAAAAAUUGUAAAUAUCCAGGUGAACUUUGGGGGAGAUCCCGAGGCCGCACUUGUUACUUUCCAGAUGCCCAGUGAGGCCAAAAGCGCAUACCGAAGUACCGAGGCCGUCCUCAAUAAUCGCUUCAUCAAAGUGUUCUGGCAUAAUAACAAUGUCAAUAACAAUUCGGCUGCUGGCGCUAUUGAGAAUGUGCCACCUAAACAAGUCGGGCAACGACCAUCUGUCAAAGAUAGACUAGGCGCCACUAUGCAGAAUAAAGUUGACGAUAACGAGUACGUACCAGCGCGACGCGCAACGGAAGAUAACUCGCAACAGCAACAGCAGCAGAAACCACCUCAACAGCAGCCACAAACUCAACAGCAGCAGCAGCAACAACAGCACCAGCAGCAACAAGUAAGCCAACCAUUGGCUCCAAAAACAACUAUUGUACCUGCACCGGCAACUCGAGAGGACAAGGUCUUGGCUAUCAAAAAGACACAAGAGAUGCUGGCAGCCAAAGAAACUCUAAAGAAGAAGCAGGAAGAGAAACGCAAGGAGGCAAUAAAGCUGACCGCUGAUCUGCGCAAGCGUAAGCAAGAGCUGCUUGACAAACAACUAUCCGAGAUGAAGAUGUUGAUCGAUCGCGCUGAAAAAAAUCCAGAUCAAAAAGAAACGAUUAUGACUACCAUUAAAACGAUGCAGCAAUCGAUCGACAACCUUCGGAAAGAUCUGGCUGUAGGGAAUAAUGGACAAAACACAAGUGUCGCGACAAAAUCUCUACCGAAGACUCGUGAACAGGCUCAAAAGGAGAUACUAGAUGCAGAACUCGAUCUUAUCACUGCGCAGCAGGAAGGUCAAGAUUCAGCAGAAUUGCAAAAAAGAUUACUCGAGCUAAGAACCCUAGCUGCUACAAUAAGUCUAAAUAGUGCGAGCGCGGGUAGAGGAGCGAGAGCUUUGAGGGUUUCACGAGCAGCUGCUCAUGCUUUCCGAGGUAGAGGUCGAGGGGCAAGUUUCACCCAUGUCUCCGUCGACCAUAGACCAACUAAUCUUCUAGUCUCUGGUUACGAAACCGAGGAGAAAGCAGACGUGUUAGCUCACUUUAAGCAAUUUGGUGAGAUUGUCAAUCAAAUUGUGGACGACGCCACACCUUCUAUCGUAAUCAAUUACAAAUCAAGAAAAGAGGCCGAACUCGCGAUGUCUAAGGGACGUAAUUUCCAAGACCGCGUGCUCUCCAUCACGUGGGUGUCUGGACAUCAUCUUCAUCGCGGUACUGUCAGCACUUCAAGCACCGUUGGUACAAACUUAACCAGCUCAUCAACCAAUCAGCGUACAGAGCAACUACAGCCUAUUAUGACUGACGAAGAAAUAGAUUUAGAGAAUAUAGGAGACGAGGAAGCUUUACUUUUAGAUGAAGGCGAAGAAGAGGAGGACGAGGACGGCGAGUCGCGCAGCUGGCGACGAUAGCAAACUGUGAAUUUUUUUCACUAAUGUUUUUUUAUUGCAUAUAAAUAUUAUAAAUUGUAUAAGAGAUCAAUUUUGCGUGCAUACGGCACUAAAAAAAUUUACUACCGCACUGCUAAUCGAUGUUUUUUUAAAUAAGCUCGAUUCGCAUGUAUAUGAUGAAUUAUGAUUAUAACAGUAGUGUGGGAGGAUAUAUUAUUAAGCGAUUAUAGUGAGAACGAGCACAAGAGCGAGAGAAGAAUGGUAUGAGUAUAACAUAAUUUUUGCACUUACGUGCAACAUUGAAUGUUGAUGAGAGUAAAUUUGUUAUGAUUAUGUAUGUCAUUGCUCAUUAUAUGGUUAUCGAUGAUAAACUUACCUAUAUAAUGCGCGCAUCUAGAAAUGAUGCGUUCAGAUCAAUUAUGAGUUUUCAAAAAAAAAAUAAUAAUAAGAAAGGAAAAAAAGAUCAAGUUGAACAAAAAAAAAUGAAUAAUUGAUGAA